AUGACCGUCACAUACACAGCCCGCGUGGCCAAUGCGCGCUUCGGAGGAUUCUCGCAGCUGCUGCUGCUGUGGCGCGGGAGCAUCUACAAACUUCUGUGGCGUGAGCUUGUCUGCUUCCUCGGGCUCUACAUGGCGCUGAGUGCCGCCUAUCGCUUCGUGCUGACAGAAGAGCAGAAGCGUUACUUCGAGAAGCUAGUCAUCUACUGUGACCAGUAUGCCAGUCUCAUUCCUGUCUCUUUCGUGCUGGGUUUCUACGUGACGCUGGUGGUGCACCGCUGGUGGAACCAGUACCUAUGCAUGCCGCUGCCCGACGCGCUCAUGUGCGUGGUGGCAGGCACAGUGCACGGACGCGACGAGCGGGGCCGCCUCUAUAGGCGCACGCUCAUGCGCUACGCCGGGCUCUCGGCUGUGCUAAUCCUGCGCUCAGUCAGCACCGCGGUGUUCAAGCGCUUCCCCACCGUCGACCACGUAGUGGAGGCGGGAUUUAUGACCCGGGAAGAGCGGAAGAAGUUCGAGAACCUGAACUCGUCCUACAACAAAUAUUGGGUGCCCUGCGUCUGGUUCUCCAACCUGGCUGCUCAGGCCCGGCGCGAGGGCCGCAUCCGCGACAACAGCGCCCUUAAACUGCUGCUCGAGGAGCUGACUGUGUUUCGGGGCAAGUGUGGAAUGCUCUUUCACUACGACUGGAUCAGCGUACCCCUUGUCUAUACCCAGGUGGUGACCAUAGCUGUGUACAGCUACUUCCUGGCCUGCCUCAUCGGUCGCCAGUUCCUGGACCCAGCUCAGGGCUACGAAGGCCACAACCUGGACCUGUGCGUGCCCAUCUUCACCCUGCUGCAGUUCUUUUUCUAUGCAGGCUGGCUCAAGGUAGCCGAGCAGCUCAUCAAUCCCUUCGGAGAAGACGACGAUGACUUUGAGACCAACUUUCUGAUCGACCGCAACUUCCAGGUGUCAAUGCUGGCCGUGGACGAGAUGUAUGAUGACCUGGCCAUGCUGGAGAAGGAUUUGUACUGGGACGCCACCGAGGCUCGCGCCCCCUACACCGCAGCCACAGCGUUCCUGCUGCAACAGCCCUCCUUCCAGGGCUCCACCUUCGAUAUCACGUUGGCUAAAGAGGACAUGCAGUUCCAGCGGCUGGACGGUGCGGACGGACCGCUGGGCGAGGCGCACGGUGACUUUUUGCAGCGCCUCCUGCCGAUAGGCGCAGGCAUGGCCGCGGGAGGCCUGCUCGGCCGGCGCCUGUCCUUAAUGCGCCGCAAGAACAGCUGCGUGUCUGAGACGUCCACAGCCGCCAGCUGCGCGUGCGCAGGCGCCCCCGACGGCGCGGCCCCGGAGUGCGGUUGCGGGGACCCGCUGCUCGACGCCGGCCUGCGGGAGCCAGAGCCGGAGCUCCCCGUCGGCCCCGAGAUGCCCGUCCCGGGGCCCGCCCCCGAGCCCUUCACAACCGUGCCUAUGCCCGCGCCGCGGGGACCGGCUCCUCCCUGGCUGCCCAGCCCCAUUGGCGAGGAGGAGGAGAGUCUAGCCUGA